CUACACGUGUGUUGUUCUCACUAUCCAUAAUUAUUCAUUGCUCUCAAAAUGGCUGAGAUUAUUUUAGAUGGUCGAAACAUUUCAGAGCUUAAAGUCACCGAGCUAAAGGAUGAACUGGAAAAGAGAAGACUUCCCAAGAAAGGCGUCAAGACCGUCCUUUUGAACAGAUUACGAGCCAGUAUCCUCAAAGAGCUGGAGACUGUUCCUGAUCCUGAGGAGGCGGACCUGGAAGGGGAGGAUGAGUGUAGUGUAGACCAGAGCGAGGAGGUCACUGUGACUGAGGCUCCACCUACAGACACAGCAGACACAGUAGAGGAGGAGAUGAGUGGAGACCCACCGUCCGCUACUAGUGUACCCCCAGAACCAGCCAAUCAGAUCAUAGACACACCCGUUAGUGGUGACUCGUUGGACACAUCACAUGACGAGCAACUCUUCAUCCCAUUGGACGACACUAGUCAACGUAGAGAGAGUGUAACCUUUGACUCGAGCUAUCAGCCAGAGGGGGAGGAACUAUUGUACGAAGGGGACGUGGAGGAGGCUGCAAACGAAGAAACAGAGGCUGUAAAAGCCGAGACCGAGGAGGCAGCAAAAGAAGACACUGAAGCUACUAAUAACGAAUCUUUAGAUGUGGAGACAGCAAAUGAAGAAUCUGAAGCAACGGUUGUCACGGACGAUGUGAUGGUAGUAAGCGAAGACGCUAGCGGACUCAAACCAGAGGAGGCAACAAAGGAAGAGAGCAAAGAGGAGGCAACAAAAGAAGAUAGCAAAGAGCCGCCUCGGGAAGAUAUUGUCCAGUUGCACGACACAAGUAUGGAGAUUGAGUUUGACAAGAAACAACAGAGUACCACCAGUAACAACUGCCACCUCUGGGUGAAAGGUCUCUCCUCCACUGUGCGAGCCAAGGACUUGCAGACACUGUUCACUCCAUAUGGAAAGGUUGUCACAGCUAAAGUGGUUGCUAAGGCACAAUCCAGAAGUGAGCGGUUUGGUUAUGUUACCAUGGCUACAGCGGAUGAGGCUCAGAAGAGCAUAGCAACGCUUAAUGGCACGGAGAUCAAAGGUCGAACCAUAUAUGUUGAGUUGGCGACCACGCCCCCUCCAAUCAGCGGCCCCUCCCCCAAAGCCCCACCCCCUGGUACACCCACUGACAACAAGCCUAAGCCUAAGCUCGUUAAGAAGACAGAGGUCAAACCAGCGACAAUAGCGUCAAGGAAAUCCCUCGACUCUACUAUUAAUAAUCGCAAGGUCUCCCCCAUCAGGACUCUUAGUCGUAGCGCUGAGCGGGGGAGAGGACGGUCACCACGGCGAUCACCUCCCAUGCAGAGACGGUCACCACGGCAAUCACCUCCAAUGCCAAGGCGGUUGCCACGGCGAUCACCUCCAAUGUCACGCAGAUCACCACGACGAUCACCUCCAAUGAUGCGACGGUCACCACGGCGAUCACCACCCCCUCGAAGGUUCAGGAGUCCAUCACCUUGUUUCAGGGAACCAGUGCGUAAUAGAUUAGGUCCAAGAGUGCACAUGUCAGACGAGCGUGGACGUGAGGUUGCUAUGAGACGCGAUGUAGACAGAGGACACAGAAUGAGAGAGGAACAGGAACGACAGGAGCAUCGACUUGCUGCUCAAGAGGCCAUGAGACAUGCAGAGAGCUUGAGGGCGUGUGCACGUGAACAACAAGAGAUGUCUCGUAGAAUGGCUGAAAUACAAGAGAGAGAAGCAAGGGAUCGUGAUGCGAGGGAAAGAGCGUUCAGAGAACGUGAGAGAGAGUUGAGGGAGAGAGAAGGCAGGGAGAGACAGAGAAGAGAGGCACUAGAGAAGCAACUCCAUGAUACAGAGAUACGAGUGAGAGAGAGAGAGAGGAAGAUGAAGGAGGCUUAUGAGCGUGACAUGGAAGCAAAGGCUGCCAGAGAAGCUGAGGCCAGGGAAUCAGAGGCUAGGAUGAUUAGUGAGCGACAGAGAGCUUUGCGUGAGAGAGAAAAGCGUCUCAAGGAUGAAGCCGAUCGUAUUGAAGCUGCUAGGAGGUUACAACGUGAGGAGGCAACUCGUCUUCAGAGAGAAAGACAACAAAUGGCCUCAGCUGCAGUGGAGAGAGAACGGAAGAUUAUGGAGGAGAAAAAACGCAAGCAAGAAGAGGAGAAGCAACGAUCGAGUGCACGUACCUCACAACCAACCAAUCAGAGAGCUCCUCCCCCUAGCAACAGGGCCCCUCCUCCUAGCAACAGAGCCUCUGUCCCCUCCUUUAGACUAGGCAAGCGUGGAUUUAACGAUGGCAGUAGUUAUGAUGGUGGGGGGUCCAAGCGCCCUGCUCUUGAGGGUUAUCCUAGUGGGGGGUCUCCAUCAAAUGUUUUCGGACGUUUAGACCCCCUACCCAAGCCUGGUAACCAAGGAGAUUAUCGUCGUGGCAAUGAGGGAUUUGAGAGACGUGGUGGCUUCAGUCAUGGAGGUGGUCGCUAUAGCAACGACAGAGGGAAUUCCCCCUAUCAGCUGGCGUCUAGUGGGUCUGGCCCUUCUCUACACUCCACUCCUGCGUCUAUGUACAGCUCUGCUCUGAUGGGCGGUGGACGCAAGGCUAAUGAUGGCGUAUCAUUAGCAGGGGUCACUCCAGAGGUCAUGUCCGCUGCUGCUCAAGUACUACAGAACAUCAAUAAACAAGUUGGACUGACGAACCUCCCACUACCCAACAGAAGCUCCCCACAAGUCAAUAUGGCCACUCAACUACAGCAGAUAGCAGCAGCUCAGAGGAUGGCACCAGCAAGCUUUGAGGGCAGUCCCUACGCUCAGUUUGGAUAUCCUCCUCCCGGGAAGAAACUGCCGCCAGAGGGAGAGAGGUACAAUCGACGAAUGGGACGCUCCUCUGGUCACCAUGACAACAUGUCACAUGAUCUCUUCAAGAAUCCACGAAUGUGAACAUUAAUCGUAUAAUAAUCUAAUUAACUGUUGAUGCAUGCAGUAGUGUUGAUAAGUGUAUUAAUAACAAUCUUCUUUGUAACUUUGUUAAUAACAUUCUUGCCAACUAUAAUUAUUUUGAUGAA